AUGGAGAGUUUAAACCUUAUAGGUUUAGCAAAUUUAGCACAUCGGCUAGGAUUCUUCUCCGAGGAGAUCAACGCACUUCGAUCUCAAGAUAUACCACGGAUUGUCGCCACAGGGUUCGUCGACGCUUUAUACACCGAGGAAUUUUUCAAACCCAAGCUCCAGGAUGUACAACCACUGUCUAGUCACUUCGAUUCAGUUCUACAAAAGUUUUCUACAUUCAAUGAUUCGCCAGAAGGUGUCUGCUACUUUACAACAAACGAUUCAGCCGCAAAAGCAGAGCGCAGAUUCAAUACUCCUACGAAGCACCAAUAUGAAGAACAGCGAUGUCAUCUCUUUCUCAAGAACGUGUUCGUUGGCCAGCAAGACGAGGCACUGUACCCGACUGCCUUGGGUGUGAUCAGAGAUACAUUAGUUUGCUUCUUUGGUAAUUUAGCAGACCAUGAGGCCUUCCAUGGUAAAGGCCAGAACUCUAUGGCUGGCCCCAUCAACACCGACCAUUCAGUCGACAGUGGUGCCGACGCAAUGAUCUUGGAGAAUGAAGACCUGGAUGGCAAUCAAUAUAGCGCGUCUGAAUACGAUGAUGACAUUCAUUCAGAGCCUAAUCAGCUGGAUGAUACCACUGAGAUGGUCCACAAAAGCCUAGAAACUGCGUUUGACGAACCAACCGAGCCUAGUGAUCCAAUUGAUCUUGAACCACAUCCCAGUGGAACACCAGACCACGAAAUUGUGAGCGAACCAUGUGAGCCAAUAGACCUUGAACCACAUCCACGUGGAACGCCAGACCACGAAUUGCCUUUACUGCCUGGGUUUGAAGAUGACUACCCAGUGGGGCCUUUGAAUGUGAAGUUACCUGUUCCGUGUCGACACCAGGUUAUCAGCAUUUUGAGGAAAUGGUUUACAUCAACGAAUCAUGACCUGAUUGUGCUGUUCCUUUUCGAAGAUCGAACGUACUACAAAUUCAAACCGGAAGGAGACUACCAUUUACGAAGUACCUUGAAGCAACUAUCUAGCAAGUAUAACUUUUUUAUAUAUCGUGGUGAGUUUGGCUUCGGGGUACCGGAUAUAAACAAUAUUUUUGAAGAAGUAUUGAAAUGGCGGCUUUUACUGGUCGGUAAAAUAGAUAAUCCGAAGCAAAGAAAAGACGAGACAGGAAUGAGAAUGUCAGUGGAGACGCUAAAAACAUACUUUAGUGAAAAUGAUGUACAUACUGGAAAGAGAAAGCGGAUACCCAAAGAAGGAGGACCAGAUGGCCAAGAGAUCAGGAAAGAAGAUGCAAAAGAAGAUAGGCAGCGAAAGCGAAAUCGUUAG